ACGGAGCGCGCCCGCCCGCCCGUCCGCCUCUCGCCUCUCCGGGCUCCGGCCCGGCCCCCCGUCCCUCCCCGGGGGCUGUGCCGAAGCGGACCAAGCGCCGGGCGAGUUGGGCAACUCGGGCGGCCGUCGAAGCUGCGCCAUGGGGCCGGGCGCCCUGGGGAUCCGCGCUGUCUGGGUGGCGGCGCUGCCGCUCCUGCUGGCGGCGGCGGGGAAGACCGGGCCGCGGCUGAGUCUGAGCUACGACUCCCCUGGCCGGCUCCUGAACCGCUUUGAAAUGCCUGGCGUCGCCAACUACACCACGAUGCUGCUGAGUCGGGAUGGAAGCACCUUGUACGUGGGGGCCCGCGAGACACUCCUCGCCCUCAGCACCACCUCCUUCUCCCCCGGGCCCCAACAGCGAAGCCUGCCGUGGGCUGCUGAGGAGGAAAAGAAGCAACAGUGUGUCUUCAAGGGCAAGGACCCUCAGAAAGACUGCCACAACUAUAUCAAGAUCCUGCUACAGAUGAACGACACCCACCUCUACACCUGUGGCACCAGCGCCUUCAGCCCUGCCUGCACCUACAUUAGCAUUCCAGACUUCAGCCUGAUACGGGAGACUUCUGGGAAGCUCCUACUGGAGGACGGGAAAGGCCGAUGCCCGUUUGAUCCUGAAUACAAAUCCACAGCCCUCCUAGCUGAUGGGGAACUGUACACGGGGACAGUAAGCAACUUCCAGGGCAACGAGCCAACCAUCUCCCGCAGUCACAGCAGCCGUGUGGCUGUCAAGACGGAAAACUCCCUCAGCUGGCUACAAGAUCCUUCCUUCGUGGGCUCAGCUUUCCUACGUGAGAGUCUCCCACCCACUGAUCCCCAGGGAGACGAUGACAAGAUCUACUUCUUCUUCAGCGAGAGCGGCAAGGAGUUUGACUUCUUUGAGGACACCAUUGUGUCGCGCAUCGCACGUGUGUGCAAGGGAGAUGUGGGAGGAGAACGUGUGCUCCAGAGGCGGUGGACAAGCUUCCUGAAAGCCCAGCUACUGUGCUCGCGUCCCGGAGAUGGCUUCCCCUUCAAUGUGCUGCAGGACAUGUUUACAUUGACUCCGGGCGAGCACUGGCCGGAGACGGUCUUUUACGGGAUCUUCUCCUCUCAGUGGGAUAGGAAGGGCAGUGUGGGUACUGCCGUGUGUGCCUUCUCCAUGUCUGAUGUGAAGGAAGCCUUCAAUGGCCUGUACAAGGAAGUCAACCGAGAGACACAGCAGUGGUACACAGACACCCACCCGGUGCCAGAGCCCCGGCCUGGAGCGUGCAUCACCAGCCAUGCCCGCCACCUGAAGAUCACCUCCUCACUUCAGAUGCCAGACCGGGUGCUCAACUACCUGAAAGACCACUUCCUGAUGGACAGCGCUGUACGGAGCCAGCCGCUUCUGCUGCAGAGCCAUGCCCGCUACCAGCAAAUCAGCGUGCAGCGAGUGCAGGGCCUGCACCGCGUCUACGACGUCCUCUUCCUGGGUACAGGUGACGGGCGGCUCCACAAGGCCGUGGUGACAACAGGCCAGCAGGUUCAUAUCAUCGAGGAGAUCCAGCUCUUCCCCCCAGGGCAGCCUGUUCUCAAGCUGCUGCUGGACCCGACCAAGGGCCUUCUGUACGCUGCUUCCUAUUCUGCGCUGGUGCAGCUGCCGGUUGCCAACUGCAGCCUGUACCAGAGUUGUGGGGAAUGCAUCCUGGCUCGGGACCCCUACUGUGCCUGGAACGGGGAAGCUUGCCUGCCUGUGGCCCUGCACAAGGAGCCCACAACGCCCUGGGCUCAGGAUAUUGAAACAGCCGCCGCAAUGCAGCUUUGCCGGAGCAGCAGAGCAGGGCUGAACCACUCAACAGCUGCAACGUGCCAGCCCGUGUGGCUGAGCUCCAACGCCGUCAAGAUGCUCCCGUGCCCCCUGCUCUCCAACCUGGCAUCCCGCCAGUGGGUGCACAAGGGUGCUGCGCUCAACGCAUCCUUUCUGGUGCUGCCCAAAGGGGAGCUGGUGCUGGUGGGCAGGCCAGACCAAGCCGGGCACUACGAGUGUUGGUCUCAGGAGGACAGCUUCCGCCAGCUGAUAGCCAACUACUGUGUGAGGGUAGAGCCGGCAGCGCCAGGCUGGCUUGUGCCAGCCCAGGACCCCCUGGAGACCAUCAGCACGUCCCGGAGCACCUCGCCUGUGGCGGCUGGAGGCAUUGCAGCCCUGCUGGAGGCGAAAACCUACUGGACGGAGUUCCUGGUGAUGUGUGUGCUCUUUGGCCUCACUCUGACUCUCUUGACGCUCUUCCUCUUGCACCGGCACCACAACACCAUGAAGGCCUUCCUGAAGCAGGGCAAAGGCACCAACAGCCGCGGCAAGAAGCUGCGCAAGGCAGGGCUACCCACGGAGAGCCUGCCCCUCAAUGGCACCAACAUGCCCACUGCCUUGCCAGACCACAAAGGCUACCAGACCCUUGACGACAGGCACACGGUAAGCACACCCGUGCGUGACGCCCUGGGCCCCCCCAGCACGGCCUUUCUGGAGCCUGACCAGCAGCCGCUCAGCAUGCACGAAAGCUUUGUGGAGGUGUUGGUUCCUUCGCAGCGGCUCCGCGUGCGCCUUGGCUCUGAGAUCCGGGAUUCGGUUGUGUGAUUCGUUCUUAAACCCAACUCCAAGCGGUCUUGCGGUGCUGCCCAGGGGCUGGGCUUCUAGUGCCCUCCAGCAUCUCCAAGCCCAGCACUAGAAUGAACUGUGGCGCCCCUAUAGGGUCAGGCAGUGGAUUUAGUACUGCGCCAGGCUUUUGUGCCGCUGCCACAGCGCCCCUAAGGACAAGAAAGCACACACCCGACCGGAAACCGUUCAUCUUUGCUAAGAAGGAAAGCUGAAGUUCCUAAAGGAAAAUUCUAGGGCUGCACUUCUAGGGUGGUAAAACUUCACCUUCUGGGACAGCAGCAGGAGAAACGACCCAUCCUGCAGGGCCCCUGGAACCUACACAGAAGGAAAGACCCAACCUGGCCCCCCCUGCUAAGAAAGAUCUGGCUGCUGCACCCUUUGAAGGAGGGACAGGGGAGCGUAUGCUGAAGGUGGCCUGGCGAGUUUGCGGAUUUGUUGUAGGAGAGAAAAUGCAUUUGUGUGUGUGGGGGGCAAGUGAAGUCUGUGUCUAGGAAUGUCAAGUGCUGUACGCCCCCCUUUGACUUGCCUCGUUACUUGAAGGUCCCAAAAUGUGAAUUAUUCCUGGCCAAAGCCUCUCCAGGACCUUGGGCAGGAGACAAGCAGGUGCUGCUGCACCCCUUCGCCCCCCCCCCAACGAUCUUCCACAAGAGGUUUUAUUUGUUGUGUGUUUUUACAUAAAGCAAGCACGUUUUCUUUG